AUGGUGCUUCGAAUCAAACCGCAAUUUUCUCGCCCGCUCUCGUUCAAAGUUACAAGACUUCCACGUGUGAAGCUUGAGGACUUCAAGCUGAAACCGCAGCCACCAGGAAAUAUUAUCGGAACCGUCAACGACGCUUACGUGCCGCCUGCUCCCAAUGAAUACCACGGCUCGUAUCAUUGGGCAUACGAAAGAAUCGUGACACUGGGAAUGGCUCCGCUAAUUUUGGCCCCUUUUGUUGGCGGCGUGGAGUAUCCCCUUGUUGAUGCAGGCAUGGGGAUGUUGCUUCUGUGGCAUUGCAAAGCCGGCUUCGAAAGCUGUAUUAUUGACUACAUUCCACUGAGAGUCUACGGUAUAUGGCACAAGGUAGCCAUGGGACUACUAAGUGCAGGUACCUGGCUGGCCCUCUACGGACUAUAUGUGGUGGAGACGGAACAGAAUGGACUGUGUAACAUUAUUUAUAGCCUUUGGCAGGCCUGA